UUAUAAGGAGUGUGCUGGGCACCUGAACCCUACUUCUCCGGAGCAUCAGACUCUGUCUCUUCCAGCAUGUACUCUCUCCAGCUCCUGCUCAGGGCCAGCCAUGCUGCCCUGCUCCUGGUUCUCUGUCUGCAGCUGGGGAUCAACAAAGCUCAGGAAGACAAUCAACAGUUGAUCAAAAUGGAUCUUAAAUUGCCCCAAACAACAAGAGCAAAUGAAGAAGUCUCUGCAACGCUUCAAGUUGGAACAGAAUUGAAAAAAUGUAUGGUGAUUAAAACUUACCUGGUAAGCAACCCUCCAGUUGAUGGGCCUUUAAAUUACAAAUACUCUACCUGCCUGUGUAAGGAACAUCCAAGAACCUUCCUCUGGGACUUUCAAGUCAACAGUAAGUAGAGGAGUCCAAGGGAAGAACUACCCACCUGAGAGGAAAAACCAUAGAGAAAUGUGGUUAUGGAUCAGGAACAGAGCCCGUGGCAGAAGGAUGGAGGGGAUGGGGUGGGGCGAAGGAGAACAACAAGCAGAGUAGAAGGAGACCAUGGCCAAGUUCAAAAGGUGAGGGGUUAUGUGAGAAAAGCUAAUAAGGGAGAUUCAUUUGUAAACAAGUUGAGGAAGCUGAGUCCCAGUUAGGCAGGUGUCUGAUACUGGUAGAAAAGAUAGGACCCUGGGGAUGAGAAUGUUAAGCUAUGAUCUUUGUCCAUGUCCCUUUCAGGUACUGUAAUAAUUGCAGCAGUGGUUGACGUCGUUCGUGAAUUUGAAAUCUGCCCUGACAACCUGGCAGUGACACCCAUCAAAGCAAACCGCUUUAGUGUCUUCAAAAUGCUGCCUGUGGCCUGAUCUUACUGAAAGCCUUGUCUCACUGCCCCCUACCACACCCCAAAGUGGUUUCCUCUAAGGAAUGUGGCCAGGUGUGUGCUAUGGUCUGUAAAAUAAACUUCCCUCAG